CGCGUUUGCGCAGACAAGACCCACACACGCUAUCAGCUCAAGGUGUGGAGGCGAGCGAGACACAGUGGCGUGUUUUUUAGGGGGGAAAAGGAGCGGAUUCGUCCUCAAAUAUCAACCGGAGGAGUUUUCCCAGCAGGUUUUCACAAAAGCAAGAUGCGGGGACUGACGGCACUCUUUAAAAUAUAGCCACAUAAAGUCGCAUGCUUAAUCGACACCUAUGAAGUGAAGUGCGCAUCCAGGGCAGGUAAAAGCGGAGCCGGAAGAACUCGCAAUACUGGUUGCGUUGAGUUUGUUUGCGCUUUUCCAAGUGGAUUAUCUUUGACAUUCACAAAUAAAUGAAGUGACUUUUUAGUUUUAACUUGGGUUCGAGUUGAAGACAUUAUGACGGAUUUGAGGAAAAGGAAAAUCUUCGUCGUGGUGGACGUGUUGUGUGUGGUCGUAGCUUCUCUGCCCUUCGUCAUCAUGAACAUUGCAUCCCGGCCGUACGAGCGGGGCAUCUACUGCCAGGACGAGAGCAUCGGUUACCCCCUAAGGCCAGACACCAUCACGCACGUAACGCUGGCUGUGGUUUCCAUCACCUGCACUGUUAUCAUUAUAUCGUCAGGUGAGGCGUACCUGGUGUACAGCAAAAAAAUUAACUCCAACUCCACCUUUAAUCAGUACGUGUCAGCCAUCUAUAAGGUGCUGGGCACCUUCCUUUUUGGAGGAGCCGUCAGCCAAUCGCUGACAGACUUGGCCAAGUACACCAUUGGGAGACCACGCCCACAUUUUUUAACAGUGUGCACUCCCAAAAUCUGCAAGGGAUAUAUGGCAAUAAUCAACUGCACUGGCGACCCUCGUGACGUCACUGAAGCCAGGUUAUCCUUCUAUUCAGGCCACUCAUCUUUUGGGAUGUACUGUAUGCUGUUUUUAGCGUUCUACGUCCAGGCUAGACUGAAUGCAAAAUGGGCUCGUCUCCUGCGGCCAACCAUCCAGUUCUUCCUGGUGGCGUUCGCCGUGUAUGUGGGUUACACCCGCGUGUCGGAUUAUAAACAUCACUGGAGCGACGUGCUAGCUGGACUCCUCCAGGGGGCGCUGGUUGCAAUUCUCACUGUGCGAUACGUGUCCGAUUUCUUUAAGGUUCGUUCUUUACCUCAAUGCUCAAGUUCAGAGUCGCCCGAAAGAGAGGCUCUAGAGCGCAAACCCAACCUACACAUGGGAGAGGUGGAACACAAUAACCAUUACAACUAUCCUGGACCUGUGUGAGUGUAACGAGGCCAAAUACCGCACUACAUCUCCCACAAACCACUGGACUGACGGAAGGGGGCGGAGCUAGAGUGCACAUGCUCACAAAAGUCCUCCUUGAAAAAAACAACCUCUUUCAUUCCUUUGUGUGUGAGAGAAAGACUCUAUGUAUAUAUAUUUAAUCAAGUUAUUUGAAAUCCUCUGCAAAUCAUUUCGAUUAAGAUGUUGAGGGACCAAUUGAUUUUUUAAGUCUUACUGGACCAGGUUUAAUCUGAAUUUAUAUACGCAUGCAGCUUUGUUUGAACUGUACAAAAUCUUAACAUAAUGGCUUGUAUUUUUUUUCAUAUCAUCCGACAAAGCCAAUUGCAUAUUAUGUGAUUUUAAAAGUGGAAAGUUACCUGAGCAAAGCUCUUUAUAUUAUGUGCCUUAAUCUGACCCUCCUUCCAACAAGGUUUUGACACCCAAUGUUGACUGCAAAAUAAUAGAAUAGAAUAUGAAAGAAUAGUGAGGAUAUUGUUCCCCUGUGUUUAAAAUGUAAACGUAAGAUACCACUACAGCUUUUACAAGCCUUGCUUUGUUCUUUUUCAUUUUACGUAUAAAAAGCUGGCUUUGUUGAACUUUUUACUUUGUAACUUGUUGUGUGCCUUUGCUCAAAUUUGUAUUAAAUAUUUGUAAUAAUA